GCCCGUCUCGCUCCUUGCCUCCCCCACCCCUCUCUGCCUUCCCUUCCUCGGCUACCUGCAACAAUGGGCCUCCUCCUGCUCGGCCACCGGCGCCUAGUGCCGGUCCUUCGGCCUGUGGCUCCUCGUGGGGUGGCUUUCUUUUCCUCCCGGGCCCCGCCGACCGAUGUUCCCCCUGCUGCGGGCGCCGCGGCUGCGGUGCCGCCAGCCGACCCUCCCAAAGCUCCUCCAUCCGCCGGCCCCGCGGCUGUCGCCCCGCCCGAGGCUGAUGCCCCCAGUCCCCGGAUGUCACUCUGGGCGCGCCUGACUGGGGGCCGGCCGGGGCCUGGCUCUGUCGCCCCCGGUCCCGGGUCCUCGGAGGGCAGUGCCCACAUCGGCAGCCUGCUUCCCCGCUUGGGAGAGCUGCUAUUCCAUGACGCCGCGCACCGGGAGCACACCAUCCAGGAGCCGGUUUACCCGACGCUGACUCCCCUCCGGCCGGAGUAUCUGGAGACCCUGCCACCGGUCUUCUUUGACACGCUCCGCCCCUCGCCAGGGCCCGGGCUGCCGGAGCACCUCCGGCGCCAUCACAAGCUGCUGUCGGACUUCGUGUCCGAGCACUUCGCGCAUGUGGAAAUCCGCAACGCCAUUGGCUAUGGAUCCGGGGCACUGCCGCAAAAUGCGCAGGCCGACUUCGGCCAGGGAAAGAUGCUGGAUUUCAUCUUUGUCGUCGACCGCCCGGAGGAGUUCCACCGGCGGAAUAUGGAACGCUAUCCGGACCACUAUCCGGCAUACGCGCGCCUCCUCGGGGCUCGAAUGGCCACUCGCAUCCAGGCCCUCGGUGGGGGGAUCUAUUAUAACUCCCAGGUGACCCUCCAGGAGCAGCCAGUCAAGUAUGGGGUCAUCUCGACCGAGGCCUACAUCGGGGAUUUGCUCCGGUGGGACUCCUUCUACACGGCGGCACGACUGCAAAAGCCGACCAUGGAGUUGGCUCUGCGCGGGCGGCCGACCCCGGCGGCCGUCGGGCCGGUCCUCGGCAAGCCGGCAUACCGGCCCCCCGGCUCGGCUCCCGGGCCUGCUCGCAUGGCCGGGGCCUUGGGCUGGGAAUCGGACCCGAUGAACUACUUCUUCCUGGAAAGCGCCAUCUGGAACACCAACCGGCCGGUGGUGGCCUCGCCGAGCGCGCAGGAUACCGCCAUCGGAGCCAUGAUCCGGCUGCUGAACCGGGCCCUGCACCGGCCGGCCGCCAGCCAGUCCCUUCUCGGGGUCCCCUCGUCGGAUCUCGAUGCAUAUGCCGAUGGGGUCCUGCAGGCGGCCCAGCGGCAGAACCUUCGCCAUGCGGUGGCCUAUGCGCGGCUGCUGCUCGGGCCGGAGUUCACCCUGCGCGAGCUCUUCCUCACCAUCACCCGGCUGUCGUACUACGGCGAUGUCCGGACCCUGGUCGGGGCCGAAGACCCGCGCAAGGUGGCCAACAUUGUGGACAACCAGUUUCCCCUGUUUGCGGCGCUCUAUGCCCCGGUGCUGGGCGAGCUCCUGGACUAUGGGUCGGGGCUGGACCGGCCGGCCGGGGAGUCCUUCGCCGACUUCCUGGCCCGACCGGAGGCCCUUCUCCGCCAGCCGGUCAGCCGGGUGAGUUUGAAUCAGCUUUUCACGGCCGGGCUGCCGCCGGCGAUGGCCGUGCGCGUGGUCAUCCGCGACCUGCAUCGCACGGAUUUCCUCCAUGUCAUGCGCUCCUGGACGCAUCUGGUCGAGGGUCCUCGGGCCCUUUUCGGUGCCAGUCCAUAUGCCGGGCGUUUGUUGGUCUUGCGCACGGCCUCCCAAUCGAAUCUCCGGUCGAGCGUGGCCCAAACACUGAAGGGGCUCUGGACGGCGGGGCCCUUGCGGGCCGCCAUCUAUGCCCGGGCCAAGCUUCAGAAGGGUCGUGCCAAGCCGUGACCGAUGCUCCGUCAAUGCGACCGGACCCGGACACUUUUGGCUGUGUGUCGUCGCCCUGUGAUCCUCGGCGGGGUCUUUUUUUUUCCCUCCCCCCGCCUCUUUGCCCCUCCUCCCUCCUCUUCCCCCC